GCACCGCCAUUUGUGGCCUAGGAUGUCGAUCACCGUGUCCCGGCCAGUGAUUUCCCUGCGGCACCUGGCUGAGUAUCACUGAUGGGGAAAGACCUUUGUGUAAAUAACACAGGUAUCUCUCCUGUCAGCUCCUGCACACUGGUUUGUAUGGCUCUGCAUAGCAUAGCCAGUGUAAAAUACACACAAAGCACACAGUAAAACACACACAGUUAACCCUUUGAUCACCCCAAAUGUUAACCCCUUCCUGCCCAGUGUCAUUAGUACAGUGUCAGUGCUUUUUAUUAGCACUGAUCACUGCUUUGGUGUCACUGGGGAUGUCAGUGACACCAAGUCAGUUCCCCCCCAGUGUCAGAAUGCCCGCCACAGUCUCACAGUCCUGCUAUAAGUUGCUG